CACCGGGCGCGCAUGCGCACAGAAGCAAGUCAACAGAGAUGGCGCUGCGCGAAGGAACUUUUCGUGCAAAAUUGCUCCUUAACAGCUGUGGUUUCUACAAAUUCACCUCAUUUGUCGGUGUCCGGUCGUUUUCUGAAAAGGUGUCAUCUAAACCAGUCCCGUCCAGUACCCCAGAGACCACGGAUGACCAUUUAGUCUACACACAAGAGCACUUUGCAUUGAAGGAGUCCCUCAGAAAGAUCAUCGAACAGGAGAUCAACCCCCAUGUUGAUGAGUGGGAAGCACAAGGGCAGUUUCCAGCCCAUAAAAUCUUCAAGAUCUUAGGCAGUGCCGGUUUUCUAGGAGUCAACAGACCAGUUGAGUAUGGAGGCUUGGGUCUUGACUACAGCUACAGCAUAGCAGUGGCAGAGGAGCUGGGUAACAUCCGCUGCGGAGGAAUUCCCAUGGCCAUCGGUGUACAGACUGACAUGGCUACUCCUGCACUGGCCAGGUUUGGUUCAGCUAAGCUAAAGGCAGAGUUUCUGGUUCCCUCUAUUACGGGGGACAAAGUGGCCUGUCUUGGUGUUAGUGAAGUGGGAGCAGGUUCUGAUGUCUCAAGUAUCAAGACAAAGGCAGUGAAGGACGGGGAUGAAUAUGUUAUCAAUGGAGGAAAGAUGUGGACCACCAGCGGUACCCAGGCGGAUUGGAUGUGUCUCCUCGCCAACACCAGUGACGGUCCUCCACACAAGAACAAAUCUCUCAUCUGUUUGCCCAUGAACCUGCCGGGAGUGCACAUUGCCCGUAAGAUUGAUAAACUCGGCAUGUGGUCAUCAGACACGGCUGAAGUUUUCUUUGACGAUGUUCGUGUGUCAUGCAAGAACGUCAUCGGCCAGGAAGGCAUGGGCUUCACCUAUCAGAUGCUUCAGUUCCAGGAAGAGAGGCUCUGGGCAGUGGCCAAUAUCAUCACCACGAUGGAUAAUGUCAUACAGGAAACCAUCCAGUACACGCGGCAGAGGAAGAUCUUCCAGCAGCCCGUCCUCCACCACCAGGCAGUUCACUUCAGGUUGGCUGAGCUGCAGACGGAGGUCGAGCUGCUCCGUUCUCUCCUCUACCGUGCUACAGCAUUGUACAUUAAAGGUAAUGAUGUCACCAAGCUAGCAUCCAUGGCCAAAUUAAAGGGCGGUCGCCUGGCCAGGGAAAUCAGUGACAGCUGUCUCCAGUUUUGGGGAGGAAUGGGCUUCACCAGUGAUGUGAUGGUCAGCAGAUUUUACAGGGAUUCCAGGUUAAUGUCGAUCGGUGGAGGGGCUGAUGAGGUCAUGCUGGGAAUCAUCUCCAAGUACAUGGACAUGCUGCCCAAGAAGUGACAUCAUCAACACCUCUGAUAAUGUGCUAAUCAAAGUUGUUCAACACAGAUUACCUAAGUGCAGAGUUUAAACUCUAGACUUAUACAAGGAAGUUGGAUUGUUUUGCAUUUUGUCUAUGAUUCUUUUAAUUAUACAGUAUGCAGUCAGAAAGAAAAUUCUGAUUAAACACACAUAAUCAUGAAGCUCCUCUUUUCUUGUUUUUCAUGACCUUACAAAUGUGAAUUUUAUUAUGUAAUUUGUUGUUUAAACAUUGAUCAUCCUAUAAGGACUAAACCUAUUUUUUUAGAACAGCAAAAUAAUGCAUAAAAUUACUGUUGUGGAAAAUAAAUAUCCAGCAAAACUUUGUGUCAUUGAGAAAUUCAUUAAAAAAACAGUUCAUUUAUAAUGUUUUCAACACUAGCACACACAUGUGAUGGCCAGUUUACAGCAUAAAAUUUGUUUAUUUACAUUAAAAAUAUUUUUUACAACAAAGUUGAAACAAUAAC